UAACUUUUUAUAUGACGUUAAGCGUUUUGGUUUGCAUUCCGGUGCACUGAAAAUAUAAACAACAUAACCUUCAACAGCCGAAGCACUUCUCAAUGGCAUUAAAAGUUAUCUGUUUUGCGUCUUUUUUCCGAAAAAGAUUUCCGUGACCAAUUAUGUAAUUGGUGGAAAACCGGUCGUUGUUGCAAUGUCCCCAACCGAGUAAAAUCAAAGAGAAAGUUGUAAACGUCAGAUGCGAAGAUGUCAUCGUGACAGAUUGCUAACAAAUCUGAAAAUUCGUUAAAAUAGUAGGAAAAGCGCAGUUUCGUUUACUAACACGAUAUGUGUGGAUAUUGAUUGCGUUGCGAAACAGCACAUCGACUCGUUCCUCUCUAACUUAAUGCAUAAGAAUUAUUUAUCUCCAAAGCAAACAUGGAAAAUGAUCAGAAUAACAGUACAAAUGUUGCGAAGAACCAUGAGGUCAAGAAGGAUCACGAAGUGAUUAUUAGUGAAAAUAAAUCAGGUCUGUUAAAUGUUAGGGCUAUUGUUUUCUUGUUACUCUGGUACGUCUUCAGUGGAUGCACCUUGUUCCUAAACAAAUACAUUCUGACAUAUUUGAAUGGGGAUCCAACAAUAUUAGGUGCUUGCCAAAUGUUGAUGACUGCAACAUGUGGAUUCAUUCAAAUGUAUUUCCCCUGUGGCAUGUACAAACCAUCUCCAAGGCUCAGCAAACCUCCAGGAUUCUAUAGGCACAUGAUUUUAGUUGGAUGUACUAGGUUUCUCACAGUUGUUUUGGGUUUAGUUGCUUUAAAUUAUGUAGCUGUAAGUUUUACUGAAACCAUAAAAAGCUCAGCGCCUCUCUUUACAGUAUUAAUCUCAAGAUUGUUAUUAGGAGAGCAGACUGGUCUGUUCGUCAACCUCAGUUUACUACCUGUGAUGUCCGGAUUGGCUCUAUGUUCGGCCAACGAAAUCAGCUUCGAAUUGCGAGGAUUCAUAGCCGCGAUGGCAACGAAUCUCACCGAAUGUCUGCAGAACGUUUACUCGAAGAUGCUCAUUUCCGGUGAUAAAUUUAAAUACACUCCAGCUGAGCUUCAAUUUUAUACUAGUCUCGCUAGUGUCGUAGUCCAAAUACCAGCCACUCUUCUACUGGUCGAUCUGUCCAGUUUCCAUCGUCCGGAUUUUCCUCACGUGUUUUAUUUCAUUCUCAACGGUCUCUUCUUUCACUUCCAAAGCAUCACGGCUUAUGUCCUGAUGGAUUACAUAAGUCCGGUAACGCACAGCGUGGCAAACACUGCGAAACGAGCAUUCUUGAUCUGGCUGUCGGUGUUGAUGUUCGGUAAUCCCGUGACGCUGCUCAGUGGCCUAGGUACAUUCAUUGUGAUCGCUGGUGUUUUCCUGUACAUCAAAGCACAACAGUACGAUGACAGGAUGAGCUCUGCCAAUCUGAUACAGAGGCGGAAAGUACGGGCCAUUUGAUUAGUGUAAGAAUCCUUAUCCUCCAUCCAUCCCGAACCGUCGACAAGAGCCAUCAAUGUGAUAUUUCUGAUAACUUCCAUAACAAGUGGAUAUUACAGCAAAAAAGAAAAGAUAAAAU